AAUAAAGGUUUAUCAUAUCUAAUUAAAAAAAAUAUGCAUGAAAUCACUUAAAUAUUGGGAUCGGCAUAAGUCAAUCAGAACGUUGUGUGAUGCUGUGCGGUGACGUUAUCUCGAUACUCGAGCCAGAUACGGUAGGUAAUGUAAGCUGUGGAAGGGUUGGGCAAAAUAAAAACUCGCCUUUUAAAGGCGGAGUAAAUUUUCCCAUUUACACACCAGAAACAAGUCGGUUUUCAUCUUCAAACUGUAUUAACUCAAAUCUUCUUGGACAGCUCAGACCACCUGGACUUAAAUUACCUUAACUUAAACAAGGUAUGGAUACCCAUGUGAAAAGAGGGGAGGUUCACUUACAACACCAUAAAUAUUCUGAGAUAAUUAUCAGCCCUUCCCAAGUGGAAGUGGGUGUGUUAAAACAAGGAAAGACUCCAGGACCAAGAAAUGGAAGCGGUACUGGCUCAACCUUUACCCAAACAGCCGUAAUGGUGUGGCUCGACUGGAGCUCACCGAAACAGGUCCGGAACGAUCACCAGUUAUUGUCCGUAAGCAACCAGAUCGCAAGAUUAUAAGGCUAGCUGACUGUAUCAGUGUAGUUCGACUCCCCCCACAUGCAGAGGCCCUGCCUGGGGACAAUAUGGCAGCCUUUUGUGUAGGUACAGAUGAAAAGAAGCUGGUGUUUGCUGUAGAGAAAGAGGGCUGUGGAGAGUGGGUGGAGAAGAUCUGUGAAAUUGCCUUUCAGAAGAACAGUAGUAAUGCGCCACAGCCCGUGCUACAGAUGGAAGAGAAUGAAAUUUAUGCUUCCAGAGAAGAAGUGUUUGAGUUUCCGGUGACUGUACAGCAGUCUGAGGCAUCGUUGCGCUGUAGCCUGCAGGGAGCAUAUUGUUUGCAGGUUGGUGAGGACAUGCUCAUACUCAAGGACACUGACAGCAAGCAGAGAGUGAUGUCAUGGCCCUACAAGCUACUGCGCCGCUUUGGAAGAGACAAGAUUACGCUCUCGAUUGAGGCAGGCAGACGCUGUGAAUCUGGCCCUGGGGCCUUUAUAUUUGACACUAAGCAAGGUGAUGACAUACUCUGUCUCAUGGAACUGGCCAUCCAGCAGCAGAAGAGUCUGGGUGUCACUGGAAGUAGCUCUGCUGUCCUCUCACCUUGCUCCUCAUUGCCUAAACGACCAGGCAGUGGCAACCUGCUGGACAUUCACAACAACACCUAUUCUGACUCCAGCUUUAGUCCAGUGCACUCAAGUUCUGUAUGUCCAAUAGGAUCAGUUGAGUCAGAUUGCAUCAAACAUGUUGCUGGCUCUCUCCAAACAACACAGAGGCAUUCUGGUGACUCCAUUUAUUUGCCUGAAAUUGUGUACUCAAGUCCUGUUGAUGCUUUUGGGUUAGACAAGUAUAUGCACACACAAUCAGUCAGAUCACAAGGCACUGAGAAAAACAGUAGUCCUGCUCAUCGCUAUAAUGAGAACUUGGAACCAGUGUAUUCGGAUCCUGUUGAUGUUAUUCAGCCUACUAUUAGUACCCAAAAAUAUGUCUCUGUUAAUCUGGCGAAAUCAACAGAAACACUUCAUAAUGUCAGCAUCAAUGAGCCAGAACCUGUGUAUGCUGAGAUAUCUAAUGUCACACCAUACCCAUCACAGAAACAAGGAAGUGUGGUUCAGAAUGAGGAAGAACCUAUCUACAGUUUACCAGAGGUCUGUGCAGUUCACAAAGCACAGGAGGGCAUUCACACCAGUGAUGCAAACAGUAAGCAGAACACACAAAGAAACAUGACAGAGGAAGUCAUCUAUAGUCAAGUCAACAAACCAAAGAAAUCCACAAAGCCUCAUGACAGCUGCACCAUUUACAAAGCACAAGAGAUAAUGUCUGAAGACCUAGGACUAAUUUAAAAGAGCGAUGGCAUUUCUACCGGUUAUACUACCCAUUCAUAAAUGUUUUUUAAUAAUCAUAUAAAUUAAAGUUUUUAUAUUGCUACACUGAAAGUGGAUUGCCUCUCAUACAAGUCUCUGAAUAAGUUGUUAAUAUAAUUUAUUAGAAUAAGAGCAUUAUUAUAAACAUGUGAUUUGCCUUGGUCAGUUGGAACUACUAUGAGAUCUGCUUUUGUAGAAAAUAAAUCUGCAAAUUCUGACCAGUCAUACUGAGAAUUCAGGAUUGCUGUGGUAUAAGUAUUUAUAACUUUAUAAAAUGUUUCUACUUGGAAUACUUUAUGAUUGUGAACUCCUAUUGUAGGGUUCUACAUAGGAACUUUAUGGGUUUCUGAAUCUAGACUGUGGGUCUAGAUUUUUUUUUAUUACCUGGCUUUAAUUAAGACCAUUACUUUUGUACUAAUUAAACUCAUUAGGGUAGACACAUCCUGGUGCCUUAUACAUUCCUUGCUCAUAUAUUUGAGUGGUUAUGUAUUUGCUGUCUUGUGAAAAUAAUACAAUUGAGAAAGCAAAAUAUAGAUGGCAAAACCAAUUAUAUAGUAUUUACAGGUCCUCAAUUGGAAGGACUCUUUUCUUUUUAGUAUUCUGCUUCAGAGAUGAUUCAGGCAUAUUUUCCAACAGAGAAGCCUGUUUAGGCAAGAUGUUUAUAUAACCAUGUUCAGUGUACUUACCAUAGGGCACAAAGCAUUUUUCUGUAUUGAAUUUCCAAGUUGAUACAGUCAAAAACACAUCAAGAAAUAAUCCUUCAGGAUGCACUAAUACCUUAAAAUCACAAAAUAUUUUUUGUACUUAAGUUAUCAAGGCCACAGCUAAUAUAAAUAUGUUAAUAAACAAUGAAAAG